AUGGCGCCAAAUACUAUUCUUUCUUUGUCAGCCACGGACCUUCCUGUCUGGAUUGUUGUCGUCGGAGCGGCUGUUGCUGGUAUUGUGCUGCUCGUAGCCUCCGUCAGACAUGCCUCAAAGAGGACGACGGCAUCACCGCCACACCUAUUCAUACUCACCUUCCCUCCUUCGCGACGACACAUUCUCAGCAGCUUUUCCCAGUUUGAAAAGUUUUCCGUUGCUGAUCAAGCCGAGAUCUCACCACAAGUCUUGCAGAACCGAGCCUUGACCACUACCAGGAAACCUGAUUUCUCUGUUGACAACUUUUACACCCCAACCGGCUUCUCAACCCAAGAAGUCCGCUCUUUGGUCGGCCGUUUUCCUGACUAUGCGAGCUUGAGUGGAGUGCCACACCCGAGCCCAGUUUCGCCAUCAUGGGACAUCAAGAGGGCAAUCUUCAGGCCGUUUAGACCGUUCAGGUGGAAUUAUACACAGAACAUGGCACUCAUGAAAUACAACCCCGAUUUUUGGAUCGAGCUGGAACAGAACUACCUUCCCACCAUGGCCGCCCGGCAACAGCUGUUUGCUAAGCACCCCGACCGGAUCUUCUUCCAGGGCCCCGGGGCCGACCUCGCCUGCCGUGAACUAAUGGAGAUGCUCAUCCAAUUCCUCUGCCGCCGAUACCCUUGCCACUUUCACCUCUCCAACGACAACACACUCUUCCAUAAUCUCCUUCUCGAGACUGUCACCGACUUGACAUCUACCCCACCACUGAAAGUCAUCUUCCAGAACAUCCCCGAAGACUACGCCAUCAUGCUCCGCAACGAGGAAGAUGGUCUGUAUUACCUCCGCGCGGCUAGCGUGUGCAGCAGCGUAGGGUGGCAUAUAGCCCAACACAAAGACCAGCCAAUGAAGAAGAUUCACACCCAUGUGCCCGACGCCGAUAAGAUGCAGUUCUCCCUUGAUCGGUGGUUUGCCAAAUUACCAACAGAUAAGCCAGUGAUGAGAGCCUCAUGGAGCAUCGAGGACUGGCAAGCCAUGUUUUCCUCGCCUGGCGUGGGCGCGUUUCAAGGGGAGAACGAAAAGAAGUGGAGCCGGAGUGCUUUUGCGGAUCGACCGGCGGAGCUGACGGUCAAGGAGCUGAAGCUGAGGUGUGAUGCCCAGACGCUGAGGAGGCUGCCGGUGAGCGGGGCGGUGGUGUUCAACUUCAAGGCUAUAUUCACUCCGCUGGAGGAGCUGAGGGACGAGCCGUUUGUGCCAGCGCUACUUCACAAGGUGUUGAGCGAAGGGAAGGAGAAUUUGAUUGACUACAAGUCAGAUAGGAACGUCAAGAAUGUGGCACUGGAAGCCUUGAAGGGGUGGGCUGAUGAGCAGGUCAAGGAGGGAGUCGUGCCGGGAGAUUGGGAUGUGAGCACGCUGGAACAAAGUCCAUUUUACCCUGGUUGGGAGGAGAAAUGGAAGAGAAAGCAGGGGAUUUUGUAA